CACAUCUUUUUAACGUUGUUGCUUUUUUAGGCUACAACAAAGAGGGUCUCACCCCUAAACAUCCAAAGGGUUUGACCCAAUUAAGACCUUCUUUCAUAUAUUUUAAAAACCAAGAAAACUUCAACUGUGAUUCUUAAUUAACUAUAAAUCCUAAUUAAUGACAGGAUCUAAGCUGAUAUAUUUGUGUCUGUUACUAUUUUCCACAUUUUUGGCAAUAAAUGGCCACAUUGGUGACUUUGAUGAGGUGUGGCGGAGGAGAGCCCAGGAAGCUGAUGAAUGGGCUCUUCAGGCCUAUAAGCCCGACCCGAUGAAUGUCACCCUUGCAUUUGCCAAACAAACUAGGGAGACCUUGGAGGACAUAAAGGAAGCGAAGAAGCUGGCAACAAAUGAAACAAGGAGACAAUUAAAAGGAGACAAAAAAUACAACGGGCCUUGUUUAGUCACAAACCCAAUUGAUAGGUGUUGGAGAUGCCAACCAAACUGGGCUGACAAUCGUCAAAGAUUAGCAGAUUGUGCAAUGGGCUUUGCAAAAGGGACCACUGGUGGAAAAGCUGGUGAUAUCUACAUUGUUACGGACAAUUCGGAUGACAGUAGCGAUCCAAAACCAGGAACUCUCCGUUACGGUGUAAUUCAAAAAGAGCCAUUGUGGAUUAUUUUUGCUAAAAGCAUGAACAUUAGGCUGACUCAAGAACUCAUAGUGCAAAGUGAUAAGACCAUUGAUGGCCGUGGAGUUAACGUUCACAUUGCAAAUGGCGCAGGUAUCAUGUUACAGUACGUCAAGAACGUAAUCAUCCACGGUCUCCACAUACACGACAUUCACGAAGGCAAUGGUGGGUUGAUCAGAGACGCUGUGGACCACAUUGGCCAACGGACAAAGAGCGACGGAGAUGGUAUUUCUAUAUUUGGUUCGUCAAAUAUAUGGGUCGAUCAUGUGUCAAUGUGGCGUUGUUAUGAUGGGCUUGUUGAUGCUGUGGAGGGAUCCACUGCUGUUACAAUAUCUAACAGUCACUUCACUGAUCAUAACGAAGUUAUGCUUUUUGGUGCGAGUGACAGUUCUUCAAUUGAUCAAAGGAUGCAAAUCACUGUGGCUUUUAAUCAUUUUGGGAAGAGAUUGAUACAGAGAAUGCCUAGGUGCAGAUGGGGUUUUAUUCAUGUUGUUAACAAUGACUAUACUCAUUGGAAUAUGUAUGCUAUUGGUGGUAGCCAACAUCCCACUAUUAUUAGCCAGGGUAAUCGUUUCAUUGCUCCACCUGACCAGUUCAAGAAAGAGGUAACAAAGAGGGACUAUUCCCCAGAAUCAGUAUGGCAACAGUGGACUUGGAGAUCACAAGGUGAUCUAUUCAUGAAUGGAGCCUUCUUUGUUGAAUCUGGAGAUCCAGAUUGGACCAAGAAACACAUCGACCUUUUUGAUGGGAUUGCAUCAGCCUCAGGGGAUGACGUCACUUGGAUUACAAGGUUUUCAGGCGCACUAAAUUGCAAGCCAGGACAAGCUUGUUAGGAGAGUUUUGUCCUAUACAUAUCCUAUACAUAUUAUCACCACAGCGAAGUCGUUGUCAUCAUAUAUAUGUCCUUAGUUUUACGCUGUAUGCACUUAUUGUAUCAAAAUUCUUUGUAAUUUUGAGUUGUUAAGGAUUACAAAAGCACAACGAAAUGAAAAAGGGACUAAAAAUUGCAAAUUCA